ACUAACCGCAAAUGGCAAAAUGCUGUCCUACGACCUUAACGAACGCCUGCUGACUGCGGUGAAAGGUGGCGACUUCGAGCAGGCACUUGGCUGCAUCAUGCAAGGUGCUCAGGCCUCGUAUGUAUCGCCCAGUUGCGGACGCACAGCUGUGGGCACAGCCGCUAUCCUGGGGGACGCGGAGUUGCUGGAGCUUCUGGUUCAGUCGUGCGAGGAACCAGAACUAGAUGUCUUCCAUCAAUCCCACACGGAUAGUCUGGAGAUCGAGCAAACGCCCGAAGGUAUGGAGAAACUGGAGUGGGUGGAUGAGUUCGAGAACUGUUCGGAGAAUGGAGUCAGCGGUGGAUCCGAGGAUAGCCAGCUAUAUCAGUAUUAUGCCAAGACCUUUGAAAACACCGGAGAAUUUCUAUCUCAGUGCUGCGUGUCCUGCCGGGAACAGGAUCCGCACCUCUACGAUGCCGACUUGGCCACCCCCUUGCACUAUGCCGCCUCCUGGGGCCAUGAGGAGUGUGUCCGCAUCCUCCUGGAACACAAUGCCCCCAUUAACGUGGUUAACAGCGAGGGCUAUGCUCCGCUUCAUACUGGUGCGGGCUUUGCCGGGGUCACCAAGCUGCUGAUCAAGCACGGAGCCUUGGUAAAUGCCAAGACGCUGAGUGAUGGCAGGACCGCGCUUCAUUUGGCCAUCGAGAGCAAGUCCAGGGAAUCCGCACGCCUGUUACUCCAGACGAAUAUCAAUAUCAAUGAUACGGACGACAUAGGCGAGACCCCCCUGAUGACGGCAAUUGCCUGCAGUAUGGUGGAUCUGGCCGAGGAGUUAGUGGAGAAGGGAGCCCGCAUCAAUCUCCAGGAUAAGCAUAAUAACACCGCUCUGCUGUACGCAGUCCGAGGUCGCCAUGGCCAGUUGGCCAAGUUGCUGCUUGAGCAUGGAGCUCGCCGACUGGCAUCGCAGCAUCUCCUGCAUAUUGCGGUUGAGAACAGCGACAGGAUGUUGGUGGAGCUUCUCCUGCAAUAUGGCGAGAGUUUGUCGGUGCGGAACGAAGACAACCACACUCCCAUUAUGGUGGCCAUCCACCGCCAGUGCCCAAAAAUGUUGGAGUACCUGCUGGACACAGCUGAGGAACAUCGCCGAUUGGGUCUCUACACAGAUGCCCAGGACGUAGGAUUGGUUUUGUUUGCCGUGCAGCAAAUAGUUCUGGUUGAGAAGUUCAAGGGCAUCCUGCGAGUCUUGCUGGCCAAGCUGGCGAGUGCCCGCGAGGAUUUAUAUGGCACCUGUACACCCACAAUUGUUUGUGGGCUAAUCUACUGCCAGACUCCGUUGUCCAGGACCAUUAACUUGUUUCACCUGGAACUCGCCGAGUUUCUCAUCCAUGAGGGCUGCAAUCUAGCUCAGAUUUGCCGUGAACAUGUGGUCAACGAGCUGCGAGCCAACUGCUCGGCCAGGACUUUGGCCUUUGCGAGAUUGUUGUGCAACGCUGGCUUUCAGUUUCCGCACAAGCAGCGAGCUUUGCCCAAGGAUUGGUCACCAGCUCGCCUUGCUUUUGAGCGUCAGAUGACCCUGUUUGGCACCCAGCCGCGCAGCCUGCAAUCUCUCAGUCGUCUGGUGAUACGAAAGCAUCUUCUGAAAUCCCUCCGAACAAGGCUGGACGUGCAAGAGAAGUAUCUGGCCACCCAGGAGCGUUCCUCGCUGGGCAGGAUUAUAGAUGAGUUCGCCAUACCCGCCACAUUGAAGCUCUACCUCAGCGACUUUACCGAGUUGCCAAAGGUGACGACCGUAGAACCGCAUCCGAUACCCGGUGUCAGAAGCUUUGAGUCAUGGGAUUGA